UUCAACAUAAAAAAACGUCCAUUCCCUGCUCUCUCUAAACCAAGCCUUCCAUUGAAAAAAAUAAAAAUAGAACUUAAUUUGUUUCCUUCUUCUCCUAUUUCUUCUUUCAAAACAUAUUCUAUGUAAUAAAUAAGAAAGUACUAAUAUAGUAAUAGAGCUAGCACAAGAAAAGUGAUCCUAAUUAAUUUGAGAAGAAGCUAGAUAAUUAAGGGUUGAUUAGGAAUUAAUAAUGGGGCAUCACACAUGCUGCAACAAGCAAAAGGUGAAAAGAGGGUUAUGGUCUCCCGAAGAAGAUGAGAAGCUCAUCAACUACAUUACCACCUAUGGUCAUGGCUGCUGGAGCUCUGUCCCUAGGCUUGCUGGUUUACAAAGAUGUGGAAAAAGUUGCAGAUUAAGAUGGAUAAAUUACUUGAGACCUGACUUGAAACGUGGGAGUUUUUCUCCUCAAGAAGCUGCUCUCAUCAUUGACCUCCACAGAAUUCUAGGCAACAGAUGGUCUCAAAUAGCUAAGUAUUUACCAGGAAGAACAGACAAUGAAGUGAAGAAUUUUUGGAAUUCAAGCAUUAAAAAAAAGCUUUUCUCUCAAGUUGCUACCACCACGGCCGCUACGACCUCCAUAGGCUCCAUCACUAAUGAUCUUUGUCUUAAUUAUCUUCCUACCACAAAUUCCUCAAAUAGCUUAUUAGCUCAUGUUAAUAAUAAUAAUAAUCAUGAUAUUGGUGUAGGAUUUACCACCUUUUAUCCUUCUCUUAGCCCUAAUUUGCUUUCUAAUACAUAUGAUUAUCCCAAUAAUGAUCUCAUCCUUACCCAAACUACCCCUCAUUAUUCAGUUCCACCCAUUAUUUCUUAUGACAAUCCUACAUUAUCAUCAUCAUUAGGAUUUCAACAUUUGAUUAAUGAAGUUGGUAUUAAUCAAAAUCAUCACCAAAUUGUUACCCAAGAGCUAGAUUACUCAUGUCCACAAUCAUCAAUUUAUGUACCACCACCUUAUGAUGAUGAUGAUGAUGAGGCAAUCAUGAAGAUGAAGCUUACAACAACGACGGCGAUGAUGAUGGCCGGAGUAGUCCCAACCAUGCCAAAAUUAGAAGCCAUUUCAUCCUCUUCACCAUCUCAUCAUCAUAACAAUUAUAGUUCCCUUAUAGAUGUCAUUUCUAAGCCACAAUUUGAGUACUAUAAUAAUUAUGCUCAUAUGGAUGAUCAUGUCAUGAUACCAUCAUCAUCAUCAUCCUCAUCAUCGCCACCACGACCACCAUCAUCAUCACCGUCGCUAGCAGCACCAACAGCCUUACCAUGUGGUGGCAGCCAAGUUGUUCUGAACCCUAGCACUCCUAGCUGUUGGAAUGCCUGAUUAUGGUAAAACUUAGGCUUUUAUAACAUUUAUUUCUUAGUACCUUUAUAUAUAUGUAAAUUUGGACUAUAUAUAAUAAUUAUGAACAUUUUUAAAUAAGCUUCAUAUAUACAAUAAUGAGUAUUAAUCAAUAUUU